UCAAGAUGGCGCGGCUUGCAAUGUGUACCUGGCGGUGGGCUGCGGCGGCGGCUGCUUUCAAAAAACGCCAACAUGCCGCGCUUGGGGUCCGGCCUCUAGUUUCUGUCUGUAGGUCACAUCCGCAAUGGACAUCGCGUCUGUUCUGGGACUCGGGAACCGCUCGGAAAUCCCAGAUCCCAGGGGCAUUGCAACAUACCACAUGGCAGACACUAAGAAAAGACAAUUCAAGACAGUUGUUAGAUGUGGCAAGGGCUAUCCAGGCAUGGCCACUGAUAGAAAAAAGGAUGUGUUGGCAUGGGCAUGCAGGAGGAGGACAGCACACAGACUCGAAGGAAGGGUUAAAAAAUGUUGAUACUCAGAAAAUCAUAAAAAGCAAUGCUUUCUUAUGUAUGGCCCAAAGAUAGGCCAGAUCUGCGUGCAAGAGUUGCCAUUUCCCUGGGAUCUUUAG